AUGGCAGAGCUGCUUGUGACUCUGAAUCAGUUGUGCCUCUUUGCUGCAGAGUGGUGGGAUGCUCUGGAUGUUGGCUCCACCUCUCUCCAAUUUCAAAAUGGUGAAUGUACCAUUUCUGCAACUCUGGGGCCACCAGCCUUAAGACUUAAACCUAUUUCCAACUGGGUGUAUCAGACUACAUGCUUCACAGUGACACUGAGUGCAGUGGUACAUUGUGGCCUUUCUGUGGACGCUGGACAGAACCUUGUAGACCAGACAGUAAUGCGCCAGACAUUGAGAACCUUUACGCUGAAGCUGGAGCAAUGCUGCGGAAACGGACUGAUUGUGGAGGAAGGACAGCGUUGCCAUCGCUUCGCCUGCAACACUUGCCCCUACGUGCAUAAUAUCACACGCAAGGUAACAAACCGAAAGUAUCCAAAGCUGAAAGAGGUGGAUGAUGUGCUUGGGGGAGCAGCUGCCUGGGAGAACGUGGACUCCACUGCAGAGCCAUGUCCAAAAUGUGAACAUCCCCGUGCCUAUUUCAUGCAGCUUCAGACCCGUUCCGCAGAUGAGCCAAUGACCACCUUCUACAAGUGCUGCAAUGCUCAGUGCAGACAUCGCUGGAGAGACUAAGGGCAGGACUUACCCAGCUCUAGCUCUGAAUGUUGUGUGCUGAAGGUCUUUGCUGUGUGAUAGGAAGCUAACUCUUCAGUGGUGGAGGACCAGGGUGAAACAGGUCAUCUGCAGGUCAGCAGAUAAAGACUUUAAUGCACAGGGGCCUCGGGUCCUUGGGAAAUAAAUACACAUGAGGAUA